UUUGGAUUAAUGUGUUUACAGUACAGAAAAACUCUCCACUCUUCAGUGAACUAUUGGGACCUGUGCUUGGAGAAGUAGGAAAUCAUUCUGUCUCAACAUGAAGUAUUCCCAAUGGAAAAGUAGAUUAUUGACUACUUGUGUUCUUAGUGCUGUUAUCACCCUGUCUUCUGCAAUUAAUAUAUUGGUUGUACCUGUUGAUGGAAGUCAUUGGGUCAAUAUGAGAAUCCUGGUAGAAGAACUAAAACUUCACGGACAUAACAUCAGCAUCAUUUGUCCAUCUACAUCUUGGUAUAUCACUGAAAAGCCUGAUCUUUAUCAAUCCAUUGUGGUCCAAAUGGAACAAUGCUUUGGGAAAAAUGAAACAGAAAAGAUGAUUCAAAAUUAUGUACAAAAUAUACUGAUGGCUUUAAGAUAUCGAACGGCACCUUGGGCAUAUUUUCAACUGCGAUAUCAGCUAUGGAGUACAUUAUAUCAUUAUCAUCAAUGUGCUGGACACAUUAUUGAUGGAAUAUUCAAAGACAAACCUGUUUUAAAGCAACUUGAAGAUGCUAAAUUUGACUUGGUACUUACAGACCCUGCUUUUGCCACUGGCCCAAUGAUUGCUUAUUAUUUAAAAGUCCCACUGGUGUAUAAUGUGCGCUGGUUUAGCAGUGGGGAAGCCCAUUUCCUCUCAGUUCCAUCACCAGCAUCCUACAUCCCACUCCCUGGUUCCCAAUUGACAGAUAAAAUGACCUUUCUUCAAAGAAUGCAAAAUGUCAUUCUAUAUAUUAUUCAGAUAAUUUUCAGUAACUAUUUAAUUCAGCCCAUUUAUGAAAAACGUUGUCACCAGUUUUUGGGACCAGACACAGAUAUCAUGACAAUUCUGCUGAGGGCUGAUGUGUGGCUGAUGAGAGUCGAUUUUGUGUUUGAAUUCCCAAGACCCACCAUGCCAAAUAUUGUCUACAUUGGAGGCUUCCAGUGUAAACCAGCCCGACCACUAGCGGCAGAGUUUGAAGAGUUUGUUCAAAGUUCAGAGAAACAUGGACUUAUUGUGAUGUCAUUGGGGACAUUUGUUGGUUUUUUGCCAAUGAAGUUUACAAUGGAAAUAGCUGAGGCAUUUGCUCAAGUACCCCAGAAGGUUAUUUGGAGAUAUGAUGGAGAAAUCCCUCCCAAUGUAGGUAAUAAUAUACUACUGACAAAAUGGAUCCCUCAGAACGACCUUCUGGGACACCCCAACACACGAGUCUUCAUUUCUCAUGGUGGUACCAAUGGCAUUUACGAGGCCAUCUACCAUGGGGUGCCAGUGAUUGGCAUGCCUCUAAUUUUUGAUCAGUUUGACAACAUAGUCCGACUUGAAUCCCGAGGUGCAGCCAAGACGCUUAAUGUUGCAACCAUGCAUUCAGCAGAUCUAUUGCAGGCACUUAAUGAGGUGAUAAAUGGCACAUUUUACCGGGACAACAUGAAGAAACUCUCUGCCCUCCACCGGGAUCAACCAGAGUCCCCAAUGGAGCGAGCCGUUUUCUGGAUUGAGUAUGUUGCCCGACACAAAGGAGCAGGGCAUUUGCGUUCUGAAUCCUACCGACUGCCCUGGUACAUUUACCAUUGUGUGGAUGUGAUGGUCUUUCUGUUGAUCAUGUUACUUGUGGUCACAGUGCUGGUGAUUGUAGCACUGAAGAAACUCUGUAACAUUGCAUGGAAGAAGAAGCAAAAAAUUCAAUAAGGCUUUUCCUGUUGAAUUAUGCUUCAAUCUGCAGUUCAACUCUUCAAGUGAUUAUGCAGAAAGUUUGAAGAUAAUAACUCAUCUCUUUCUACCGUAGGCCACGAACUUAUCAAUCACCCCGAUGAGUUAUUAAUUGAUGUUAUUAACUUCAAACUUUCUGCAUAAUCACUCAAAGAGUUGAACUGUGCAUGUAACGAGAGCUGUAUAACUCAUCUCCUUCUACCUUAGGCCACGAACUUAUCAAUCACCCAAGCUGUGGACACUUUCUGGAGGUCCAAGAUUCGUAUGCUCCACGACUGCCGGACUAAGUGUGUAAAUGUAGGAGGGGACUAUGUUGAAAAAUAAAAGUGCUAGGUUUUCUAAAAUUGACUUCUUCUACCGUAGGCCACAAAUUUAUCAAUCAGCACUUGUAUAACAAUAUUUUGAAGUUGUUUUUAAUUGGUCUUUGUGGGUAGCUUUUCAUUGAUUCCACCACACCUUUAACAUGUAUCCCUUUCUAUUAUUGUGAAUUGUAAUAACGGCUAUUCAGAAAUUAUAACACAGAGUUAAUGAAUGUGGUUGCAAACAACAAAAUUAAUAAACUUCAUGUGAUACGAAUGAACAUGUUUUUCAAAUACUAUUCAUUCAAAAUUAGAAUAAGAGUUCAAGGUGUGCACAUAACCUAUUCUGAGAAUCUCUGUUCAGUUUUCCCACAGCCAUACCAUCUACUAACUAAUGGCCAAUGGUAUACAUCUUAUUGUUUCUCUUGUACUCUCUAACAUAACUGCUACUGGAGUUGCCUAUGCUUUGUCAUGUUGAAUGCUUGUCUAUUUGAUGUUUUUCCUCAGCUAUUUCCUCAACAGUUCAAAAUUCGAAGUAAAUUUAUUAUCAAAGAACAUAUUGUACUAUCUG